AUGUCGCUGUCUCGCCACUGUGUCCUCUCAGUGUAUGUUGUGCUGGGGCUGUUGGUCAUUGCGUUGCAGCUGCGGUGGAUGACCUUGACCUCACUUAACAAAAGCAAACUGAAACAGCUCUUGGGCGAGUUUGAAUCACCACAGAGUACUCUCCCUUUGAAACACAACAUGAGUAUGUCCUGUCAGAAGCUGAUACAGGGGGACGUAGAUGAGAUAAACAGGACCAGCAUCCUCAACACUAAGGACCUUCACCUUCAGAAGGACCUUCACCUUCAUAUCGGGGAGUUGAGGUCCUGCAGUAACUAUUUCCGGUCCAGGCGAUUCAUCAACCAUUCUGUGAGAUCCGAGUUGGAUUUUCCUAUAGCUUAUAGUAUUUUGAUAUUCAAAGAUUUCAAUCAGUUUGUGUCUUUACUGGAGGCAAUAUGGCGGCCCCAGAACGUGUACUGUGUCCAUGUUGACGGGAAGAGCAGCAAUAUGUUCCACGCCGCUGUGAGGAGGCUGACGUCAUGUUUUACCAACGUCUUCGUCGCUUCAAGACUGGUGAGGGUCCAGUGGGGGACAUUCACCGUCCUGGAACCGGAACUUGUGUGUAUGAGGGACCUGUGGAUGGUACCAACAAAAUGGCGCUAUUUUAUAAAUCUUACGGGGCAGGAAUUUCCAUUGAAGACGAACUACGAGCUGGUCGAAAUCCUCCAAGCCUACAACGGGACGAACGACAUCUUCGGGACCUCCAGUAGGGCAAAUAAAGGUCGCUGGCGUAGAGUCUUACCCGCACCACAUGGAAUAACUCCGAUGAAAGGACCUGUUCACGUUAUAGCGUCACGUGACUUCGUCGACUACGUCUUGCAUUCGCACGUGGCGCGUGAUUUUUUGCACUGGACAAAUAAAACAAAGUACCCAGACGAGACAUUCUUCCCCUCUCUGAACAACAACAGACAUCUCCGAGUACCUGGACAUUACGCAGGAGAUCCCGAGACAAGAGACCGGAGGUUCCUAGGACGCUACAAGAUCUGGAAGAGCUAUGGUUUGCCCUGCAAGGGACGCUAUGUCCGCCUGAUCUGUGUGCUGGGGGUAGGGGACCUGGCCAUGCUGACCAAAGCUGCCGGACUGUUUGCCAACAAGUUCGACUCCAGCUUUCAACCUGUGGCCUAUGAGUGUAUGAGAGAAUGGUACUUUCAGAAGGUAGAGCGAGAGCAACAUGGGAAUUUGGAAUUUGAUGUCAGUCUAUAUAGGCGUCACGCAGCAUGAGGUACUCCAGACAGUCGUCUCUCAUAGAGGGCCGUGAGUGAUGUCUCUCUAUAAAGGCGUCACGCAGGAUGGGUAACUACAGACAGUCGUCUCUCAUUGUGGGUCGUGAGUGAUCUCAGUCUAUCUGAACUGUUUGUCUGAACUGUGUCUUCAACGUCACAAAACAAUGCUAUUUUGUUCUUGUGAAUCUCGUGUUCGUCGUGGCGUGUAUCUGUUGGCAGACUAGGUUGAACCCCCAAAUUUAUGCAGAAAUGAUAUGUUAAAAAAUGACAUUGUGGAAUUCAAUCUUCAUAAUAAAGUCAAUAUCUGGACCAUGCCCCAGAAAUGAAGACACGACAUCUGGGCACACUGGAUAUCAAACGCCGGAUUGUCUCCCGUAGCAAAUUCUGGGAACGCUGAGAUCGUUGCGAACCUUUCAGCCAAGAACAUCACAAUGAUUUUCUAUGGGGUACAUGUCGGGGGAUUUGGCUGGCCAGGGCCAGUCGGCUGUUAGAAUAGCUCUGUGAGGAGGUGUGUCCUAGAACCCCAGGUUCUGACCUACGCGCUGGACACAAGGGUCUGGCCACUGGAGGCAUCAUUAGAUCCACAUAACGCGUACGUUGACCGGUCAUAUUCCCUUGCACGAACGGGUCCGUUUGGAUGACCUAUGGAAUGUCAACCCAGACCAUGAUGCUGUCAUAAACAUACCUAUCGUGAUCUUGGACUGUUGCCGGGUAGUACCCGGAGUCUCCAAACAUGUUAUGAACCAUCUCUAAAGCGGAAACAUAACGUCGAUUCAUCAGAAGACAUGGAGUCUCUCCAAUCCCGCCGCUGACGACCUCCAAACCGAUGUGCCCACUGUUGUCUGAGCAGCCUGUUUGCCACAGUCAGACGCAUUCCUCUGAAAGGACGUUUUCAUUUCAGAUCCACAGUUUUCAGUCUGUUUCGUAUCGUUGAGGAUGAAAAAUCAGAAUCCCGAGGCAACCCUAAACGCAAUGAUGUGUACAUAUCGAUACUGCCGGGAGUAACCUACUGUUAAUAAAAUAGUAAGAAAUUGCAUUAUCGGGAAGAAAUGUAUGAGAAAAAGUGGUUAAUAUUCCACUUUCGGUUAAUGUGCAGAAAACGUGUACUUUGGGGGCUUUAUACAUUGGUGCAAAGAACAUUUCGCGAAUUACAUGCUCACAUUAUUGUCAUUAUUUUUAUCCUAUGAGGAAAAAGAACUUC